GUGAAUACAUUAUAAAAUUAUCUAAAUUUUACUUAACUAGGUAUUGAUUGUAUUUAUUAGAAAUUAUAGUAACAGCCAUCAUUAGUUAAUUAAACAACUAAUAAGUGCUUAAACAACAUUAGGUGUAUACCUGCAGAAAUUUUCAUAAAUAUGGAUAUUAGCCAUUUUGAUGAAAAAAGUGGUAUUGUUCCAUGUAAUACAGAAUGGGGUAGAUGGUGGCAAACUGUAGAUGAAUUACAUAUUGAAGUAACACUUCCAGUAAAUACCAAAUCAAAAGAUGUCAAAGUCAAUGUCACUAACUCAAGUAUUACUUGUCAAAUUUUAGGAAAAACUUUAUUUUCUGGCAAUUUGUUUGGAAAAGUUCGUAGUGACGAUACUUUAUGGACAUUAGAGGACAAUGGUACUUUGUUAAACAUUGUAUUAACAAAAGCAGAUUUUUCAGAGAAAGAAAUUGUUUGGGAAGCUAUAAUGAAGGAUGGAUCAUUUAAAGCAGAUCCUUUAACAUAUAUUGAAAUGUCGAAAAAAAUGGAUUUAGAAAAGCUUCAAAUUAAGUACCCAGGAAUGGACUUCAGUAAAUCAGAGCUUCAGAAAAAUUACGAUUCUAUACCAGGACUUGGCAGCACUGAAUUAUAGAUUAGUAUACCUACAUUCUAGACUAUAUUUAAAUAAUUAAAUUGUUUUUUUUUUAAACUACAAAAAUGUAAAUAAUAAAAAUAAUUAUGUUUAGAAUUGAAUUUGAUAAUGACAAUUACUUAUGUUUAUUCAUCUUAAUAUAUAACUAAACAAUCCUAUCAUA